UCUUGGGAUAUUUUCUUGGUUGCCUAUGUCUUCUGUCUGCAGACUGUGGAGUUCCUGUAAUAGCUGGGGGAUCCGCCUUUCUCUUUCCUCUGCAGUAUUAACCCCUUUAGGGUCUCUGAGGAACAAUGGAAGUCUUAGGGUUCUUCAGGCUGGAAGUGAGUGGCCCCAUGGUGACGGUGGCCCUGUCCGUGGUCCUCUUGGCCCUCCUGAAAUGGUACUCCACAUCAGCAUUUUCAAGACUAGAGAAGUUGGGCAUCAGACAUCCCAAGCCUUCUCCUUUUAUUGGAAACUUAGCGUUUUUCCACCAGGGUUUCUGGGAAAGCCACAUGGAGCUCAGGAAGCAAUAUGGACCUCUGAGUGGGUACUAUCUUGGUCGUCGGAUGUUUAUUGUUAUCUCUGAGCCAGACAUGAUUGAGCAGGUGUUGGUUGAGAAGUUCAGUAACUUUACCAACAGAAUGGCAACGGGUUUGGAGCCCAAACCAGUGGCCGACAGUGUCCUGUUCUUACGUGACAAAAGAUGGGAAGAGGUCAGAAGUGUCCUGACUACUGCUUUCAGUCCUGAAAAACUGAGUGAGAUGACUCCUUUAAUCAGCCAGGCCUGCGAAGUGCUCCUGGCUCACCUAGGGCGUUACGCACAAUCCGGGGAGGCUUUUGACAUCCAGAGGACCUACUGCUGCUACACCACAGAUGUGGUGGCCAGUGUCGCCUUCGGCACCGAAGUGGACUCCCAGGAGGCUCCUGAGCACCCCUUCGUGGAGCACUGCAGGCGCUUCUUUGCAUCCUCUAUCCCCAAACCUCUCCUGGUUUUACUCUUAUCAUUUCCAUCCAUAAUGGUCCCACUGGCCCGGAUUUUGCCCAAUAAGAACCAAGAUGAACUGAAUGGCUUUUUUAACAAACUCAUUAGGAAUGUGAUUGCCUUGCGGGACCAGCAAGCAGCCGAAGAGAGGCGUAGAGAUUUCCUCCAAAUGGUCCAGGAUGUGCGCCAUUCUGCCGCCACCAUAGGCGUGGAGAAUUUUGAUAUCGUCCGUCAGGUCUUUUCUGCCACCAAAUACCCAGCGAACCCUUCCCAGCGACACCCACCCAGACCCCUGUCCAAGUCUUUGAGUGUGGAUGAGGUGGUGGGCCAGGCCUUCAUCUUCCUUAUCGCUGGCUACGAGAUCGUCACCAACACUCUCUCUUUUGCCACCUACCUCCUGGCCACCAACCCUGAGUGCCAAGAGAAGCUUCUGGAAGAGGUGGACCGUUUCAGCAAGAAACAUCCGGCCCCUGGGUACCGCAGCCUCCAGGAAGGCCUGCCCUACUUGGACAUGGUGAUUAAAGAGACCUUGAGGAUGUACCCGCCAGCUUUCAGGCUCAUUCACCCCAAGCACAGUAAGCCAAGCGCUGAGAUGCUGAGGUUUGCAGCAGAGAACAGACAUGUUCACACGGCAGCCAAGCGUGGAGUCAGAACAAAUCUCCAAGCUGCCUCCCCCACGGCAAGUGGCCCAGGUAUUCAUGGGAUAAAGCAGCAGCUGAGGAGUGUGGGGAAAGGUAAUGAUUGGAGAUGACAAAAAGGUGAAGCAAUUGUAGUUCUAAGCAGGUGCAAGGAAGCUAUAGGGGUCUCCAUGGGAAGCAAGUUCAGAGUAUGGCAGCCUUAGUGUCAAAACAGAAGAGAGCUUUGAGCCCUCUGAGGUCAAAAGGUCAGCGAGAAGCCGCUUGCGCAUGCCCAGUUGGAGUGUCAGCGAUGUUAACCAGUCUUAACCUGCUCAAGCUCCAACUAGACACAGCUGUCUUCAAGUUCCUGAAAAAAAACAACUUGGGCAAACAUCUUAGGUUGAAGCGGCCUAGCCCUUACAGUACGUGCAGGUUGUUGUGUAGCAACAAUUAAAGUGAGCUUGCUUCAUCAAUGAAGGCAAGCUGAAUGGAUCUAACUGAGGACUACCCUGGGUUUCAGAGGCGGCCCAAGGAGCACAGGGUCUUAACUUGGGUCUCCAGACCCUCAGAGAGUGAAACAUUGCUAGAGCUCAGACUCUAGGAACAGAGGCAACCCAAAGCAUGUAACUUAUAAAUUCUACUCUACAUCUCUAGGAAGCAUUGUACCACAUAAACCAUAUGGAGGUAACUUUUGCCAUUUUAAAAAGAGAAAAUGUGGAUGAUGUGAAGGUAUCUCAAAAUUAUAUUCCAAACCAAAAAUAUCCUAGAGAGUGUGAUUGUAGAUACUGUCCAAAACGUUCAGAUCCAGAGCCAAGAGAGAAUUCCCAGGGUGUGAGUCAAAUCACAUCCUUCUCAAGCACACACGGUUUCAGUCUCCUGGUCCAGGAGCAGACAGGAACGCCAGGGCUCGCCUCGUUGCUCUCCUGACACUAGUAUUAAGACCUGAUCCUGGGACUUCCCUGUGGUCCAAUGGUUAAGACUCUGCGAUUCCACUGCAGGGGGCAAGCGUUCGAGCGCUUGUUGGGAAGCUAACAUUCUGCAUGCUGCGUGGCCAAAAAAAUAAAAGACCCAAUUUCACAGGCCUUACCUGACUUCCUUGGGAGCCUCAGAGCAAACUGUCAUCUGGUCUAUUUUUUGUUUUUGUUUUCAUUUUUUAAUGAUUUAUACCAACUUCCUUCCAAGGGAACUGUGGGCAGCUGCUAUACACAUGAAAUUCAAAAUAAGACAUUCAGUGAUAUAACAGAUCAAAGACUGUUCAGAGGAAAGAAUCCAUGAUGGGACCCCAGAGAUGGUGACAACUGGGGUCAGGCUUGGUGGCUGAGGCUCCCAGGAGAGAGGAAAGCUGGUUGAGUUGAACCAUCCUGUUCUCUAUUGGGAGGAAAGUGUAGACUGAUCAAAGACACAUCAUUUCCUGGAUCUAAAGUCAAUCAAGCAUUCAUCACAUGAGACCUUGCAUAGAUGACAUGUUGAGCAACAAAGUCCACAGUCUCUUCAGCACUAAAAUUCUUCAGGCAAUUCUCCUCCUGAUCCUUUAUAAGCAGCAAAGUGUAAAAGGAAGUCAGUGAAGGCAUUGUUCUGGGGAACCAGGAUGCUGCGAUCUCACCUGAGGGCAGGACAGAACCGAGUAUCUAGAUGGAUUUGUUAAAAUUCCCACUAUAUAAAAAAAAUAGAUCCAGGCUUCCCUAAUGACAGAGCCAGUCUGGACGGAAAGUCAAGACAGUCUCAGUCCUGCCAUUAGUUUAUUGUGUGAUCCUGGGUAAGUUCCGGGCUGUUCUGGGCUUCUGUUUCCUGUGCCUUUAGAGGGUACACAACACCUGCUCUGCCUACUCUGGAAGUGUUAGGAGGAUCAGUGAGACAGCAGCCGUGGAAACACGGUAUCCCACAGGCAGCGUGUCGUGCGAGGUAUGAAGUAAAGAGCAAGAAGCGUUUGAGUUGAACGGCCUGCACCCAGUCUGGUCCCAGUCUCAGGCAAGCCAUGGCCUCCCUUCCUCCAGACCUACUCCUCUGGCGGCUUAAACCCAGUCACUCUAUGGACUUCUGCCAUCAAACAGCAGAAGUGAGAGAGGCAGACAAGAGGCCCAUUUGCUUUAGCCCAGGCAUAGGGUUUGGGGGUGAACAUAGAAUUUUGCUUUUUAAUUUUUUUCCUUUAUUAUUUUCAUCUCAGAAAAACGCUUGACUCUUCCCAAGCACUGACACAUUUGACUGAUACCCUUAUUCCUAAAAGUAAAAACCCUCAAAAUUGCCUUUGUGGAAAAUGUAACAAUUCUCUUUGAAGAAUUAAUUAAUGUCAAUCCAGGAAUGUAUGCAGUAUAAUUCAGCAGAUUCUGGCCUGGUAUGCAGUGCCAAUAUUUUGGCCACCUGAUAUGAAGAGUCAACUCAUUGGAAAAGACCCUGAUGCUGGGAAAGACUAAGGG